AUGGACAUGACGGUAUACGAGGAACUCACGACUAAACGGAACCAACUCACCGCACACUUGUACCGCGCAAUCCAACGCUCAUACCAACACUACAAACAUAUGAUCCAUGAACACGGGGACAAGUGUGGGAGACUACUGGCGAACCUCCUGAAGCAACUGUACAUUCUGAAGAUUAAAGACGCACACCAACAACUCAGACACCUGCCGGAACAGAUCUCGACAGCGUUCCACGAUUACUACCAGGAUCUAUAUCGCCUCCGUGAAACAGAUCAAGAACUUCAGAGGCCUCAAAGAGCUGAGGACAUACGCAGAUACCUAGACACGGCAAAUAUACCAGGAAUAGAGGAGGUGGACCAGGAAGCCUUAGAGACCCCCAUAACACCCGAGGAAUUGGCAUACGCCAUCAAAAAAGCGAAAACAGGCAGGGCUCCGGGCCCAGAUGACCUACCCCUGCAAUACUAUAAAACCUUCGCAAUGGACCUAUGA